GUCAGCUCUAUUUGUAAGCUUAGUCAAAAGAAAUGGAGAGAGCAUACUAUUACUUUCCUGUAGGACUUUUAUUAGCCACUUCUCUAUUAGCCGUGGGCACAGCCGAUAUCAUAAAUGAUAAAUCUGCCCUUGUAGCUUUCAAAAAUCACAUAGUUCUUGAUCCUCACUUAAUCGUGGCAAAAAAUUGGUCCGUUUCUUACUCUGUUUGUGAUUGGAUCGGAGUUACAUGUGACUCUAGUUGUCAAAGAGUAGUGGCCUUGAAUAUUUCCAAUAUGGGCUUUGCAGGCACGAUUCCUCCACAGUUGGGAAACCUCUCAUUCCUUGUUUCUGUCGACAUGAGCAACAACAAUUUUCAUGGUCAUUUGCCAGAAGGAAUGUCUCAUUUGCGUCGACUAAGUUUCAUGGCUUUAGGCAACAAUAAUCUCACGGGAGAAAUUCCAUCAUGGUUGGGUGUCUUGAAUAGACUUCAAUACUUGUCCCUAAGAAUCAAUUCGUUUGUUGGCCAUCUUCCUGCUAACAUAUGCGACAACCUUCCAAAUCUAAAAAAGCUCGAUCUGUCUGUGAAUCGAUUGAGUGGCCAAAUACUAUCAGAUUUAUCAAACUGCUCCGGACUCAAGUCGUUAGAUUUGUCACUCAACCAGUUCAAUGGUUACUUACCAAAAGCGGUGGGGAACCUGAAAAUGCUUAAGGAGCUACAUCUCGGUGAUAACAAUUUGGAAGGCACGAUUCCUCCACAACUGGGAAACCUCUCAUUCCUUGUUUCUCUCGACAUGAGCAACAACAAUUUUCAUGGUCAUUUGCCAGAAGGAAUGUCUCAUUUGCGUCGACUAAGUUUCAUGGCUUUAAGCAACAACAAUCUCACGGGAGAAAUUCCAUCAUGGUUGGGUUUCUUGGAGAGACUUCAAUACCUAUCCUUGACAGAGAAUAAUUUUUUUGGUGAUCUUCUUACUAACAUAUGCGACAAUCUUCCAAAUCUAAAAGAGCUCGAUCUGUCUUGGAAUCAAUUGAGUGGCCAGAUACUAUCAGGUUUAUCAAACUGCUCCGGACUCAAGUCGUUAGAUUUGUCAGUCAACCAGUUCAAUGGUUACAUACCAAAAGCAGUGGGGAACCUGAAAAUGCUUGAAGAGCUAGAUCUCGGUGAUAACAAAUUGGAAGGUUACUUUCUUGGUUUCUUAUUCUUUAUUCAGUUCCAUAUUUACAUUUUGUCACUGUACAAUUAUCUUAAUUUCUUGUGCUGCAAUAUCUUGAUCGAUCUUUGGCCCUUUAAACAUUUAUUUCAAAUUAAAGAGAUUUAGGUGAUCCCCUAUAAUGAAAUUCUGAAUCUACCCACGAAAGCAGCAACACGGUUCUAUGCCACCCACAAUCUUCAAAAUCUCCACAUUGGAAUUUGUUGAUUUUGCAGAAUAACAAUUAUCUGGUAAUAUUCCUACUGAUAUAUGCCACAGUAUUCCAAAUGUAAAAGAGCUCUAUCGCCUUUGGAAUCAGUCGAAUGGUCAACAAAAUGCUCUGGACUUUGGGGUAUUGUGUUUUGUCAUUCAACCAGUUGAACGGAUACAUACCAAAAAGAAGUUGGAUAUUUGAAAAUGCUUCAGGAUCUAUAUCUUGGCAUUAGGCUUAUUGUAUUAGAAGGGUAUAAUUGUCUUUUUAAUUGAACCACUAGCAAGGGACCAAAAGUAAAUCAAAAUUAAUG